AUGGGCGAAAACUUCUACACCGGCACCUUCGACAGCACGACGACCAUCGUGACCAUCACCUCGGCCCUCUCCCUCUACAACGCCGUGGAACUGCUUCUCCUGAUCUUCACGACCUUCACGACCUACCACGGCCUGUACUUCUGGUCUCUACUAGUCGCCACCACGGGCCUGAUCCCCUACGCCGUGGGUUUGGUGUUGCAGUACUUCCGCCUGACCAGGCCACUCGCGGGUCUCGUGAUCAACAACUAUGGCUGGUGGACGACCAUCACGGGCCAGAGCGUGGUUUUGUACUCGCGCCUGGGCGUCGUGCUGGGCAAUGGCAACGAGCGCGUCCUGCGGUACGUGAAGUGGAUGAUCGUCGUCGACGCGGUGCUGUACCACGUCACCACGACGGUCGUGGUCUUUGGAUCGUAUUACGCCGCGCCGCCCGCCACGGAGCCCUUCUCCCGCGCGUACGUCUACGUGGAGAAGAUCCAGAUGACGGGGUUUUGCGUGCAAGAGUUCAUCAUCUCGGGCUUGUACCUGUGGAAGACGAUGGACAUUGUCAAGACCCAGCAGGCCGAUCCCAACGCCGCGCGAUCCGCUUCCAAUGCGUCCGAACAGAGUAGUGCCACCAGAAAACCCGUCGCCCGCGUCAUGGGCCAGCUGUUCAUCAUCAAUUUGGUGAUUGUCGCCAUGGACAUCGCCCUGCUGGUCGUCGAGUACAAGGACUUGCACGUCCCAGAGGUGGCCUUCAAGGGGCUGUGCUACUCGGUCAAACUGAAGCUCGAAUUCGCCGUGCUCAGCAGGCUGGUCGAGGUCGCUGGGGUCAGGCGCACGUUCAGCGUGGCGAACACGCUGGACUCGAUCACAGACAGCGGUGGCCACACCGACGGUCAUACGGGCAUCUGGAUAACGCGCGACUCGGUCCUCGCUCCGGAUCCUGGCCGCACCACAACUACUUCGAAAAUGCAUUCCUUCGGGUCUCAGAGUUCGUCCUCGCCGGAGUGGCUGGAAGAUCUAGAAAAGAUCCGCACUGUGCCAGUCGACAGCACACGGCGGCCAAAUCCCCACGUCGACGUCGCGAGACUACGACAGGAGAGCAUGACCGACGCGCGGAAAUUGAGCAUCAUGUCCACUUUCAACAACAUCAGUGUUUCGGAGCCUCCUGUACAUAAGCGAGUGAGAAGGGAUACUGAUCUCCUCUACGCAAAUGCCAUCCGCGAAAUGGCAAAAUCUAGCUAG